CUUUCUCGGUGCGGAUCUACACACGAAUUUAUCGUCGCCGUGUCUUUAUCAUCUUCGAGAAGGAGUGCUGAUCAAUUCCUUGCAACAAGGCAACGACAUCAUCAGUGGUUUCCGGGCAGUGUUGUUGUUAUCUCUCUCUCUCUGUGUGUUCCUCCUAAGUGAAAGUGUAAAUUCCUAAGGAGCGAAAAAUGGCUGGAAUGGCAAAGACCACCACGUCAAAGACGUACACGUAUUCGAGUACGGGAGGAGGACAUGGAGAUGUGACCAUCGAAUACAGUCAGGACCUCAGCUCCCUUCGUCGGCUUGAGGACAAAAUCAGACUUGUGCAGGAGGAUUUGGAAUCUGAACGCGAGAUUCGCCAACGGAUUGAACGCGAGCGAUCCGACUUGAGCGUGCAGGUGAUUCAACUUCAGGAGCGUCUUGAGGAAGCAGAAUGCGGUGUUGAGGGACAGUUCCAGAUCAACCAGAAACGUGAUGCGGAACUGGCCAAACUACGACGACUCCUCGAAGAUGUCCACAUGGAGUCUGAGGAAACUGCAAUGAUUCUUAGAAAGAAACAUCAAGAAGCAAUUGCCGACUAUCAAGAUCAAUUGGAUCAAAUGGCAAAAUCAAGGCAGAAAUCGGAGAAGGAGAAGACCAAAUUCCAACAAGAAGUUUUCGAGCUCAUGUCUCAAAUUGAGUCCAUCAACAAGGAGAAGUUGACCAGCUUGAAACAAUGUGAGCGUCUGGAAAUCCAUGUUCAAGAGUUGUCCAUCAAGAUUGAAGAAUUGAACAGGACCGUUGUGGACAUCACUUCUGUCAAGCAAAGGAUCUCCACCGAAAACAUCCAACUUACGAAGGAAGUCCAAGAACUUAAGGUGUCAAUCGAGAACAUCACUUACCUCAAGUCUCAGAUUUUGAGCCAAUUGGAUGACUCUCGACGACGCCUUGAAGAGGAGGAUAGACGCCGAUCCACUUUGGAAAGCCAGCUUCACUCGGUCGAGAUGGAAUUGGAAUCCGUCCGUGUCAUGCUGGAGGAAGAGUCAGAAUCACGACUUGAAAUUGAGAGACAAUUUUCAAAGGCCAGUGCUGACGUUUCCUUGUGGAAAUCGAAAUAUGAGUCAGAGUGUCAUGCUCGUCAAGAAGAGAUUGAGGAAAUCAGGCGCAAGUUCCAAAUCCGUAUUUCUGAACAAGAAGAACAAGUGGAGGCUCUUAUGGCCAGAUGCCUUGGUUUGGAAAAGCAAAAGUCACGCCUGCAAAGUGAAAUUGAAGUGCUAAUUAUCGACCUUGAGAAAGCCAACGGAACAGCCAGGGAACUCCAGAAGCGAUGUGACCAACUUGAAAGAUUGAAUGCCGACCUGAAAUCCAAGCUGGAUGAAUUGAACGGUCUCUAUGAAGCAGCUCAACGAGAUAAUCGUACCAAACAACUUCAAAUCCAACAGCUUACCCAUGAGCUCGACAAAACCCGAGAACAGAAGGAAUACUUGUCCCGAGAAAACAAGAAAUUGCAAGACGACUUGUCCGAAACCAAGAAUGCUCUUACGGAGGUUAACCGACGCUAUCAUGAGUUGGAACUUGACUACCGACGAAUUGAGAAUGAGCGUGAAGAACUUGCUGCUGCUUACAAGGAAGCUGAAGCUGCACGCAAAGCUGAAGAACAACGGUCUCAGCGCCUUGCUGCAGAGAUGAACCAAUAUCGUCACGAAAUGGAGCGUCGUCUGCAAGAAAAGGAAGAAGAAGUGGAAUCUAUCCGCAAGCAGAUGACUAUUGAGAUUGAACAAAUGAGUGCUCGUCUUAUCGAGGCCGAGACCAAGUUGAAGACCGAGGUUACCCGAAUUAAGAAGAAAUUGCAGAUGCAGAUUACCGAGUUGGAAAUGUCAUUGGAUGUCUCGAACAAAAAUAACAUUGAGUUGCAAAAGACCAUCAAGAAAUACUCUAUCCAAAUCACGGAAUUACAAGCCCACUACGAAGAUGUGCAACGACAAUUGCAAGUGGCGUUGGACCAAUAUGGUGCUGCACAACGCCGAGCUACUGCCCUUCAAGGAGAAUUGGAUGAAGUUCGAACCAGCCUUGAAACUGUUAUGAGAGCCAAGCGAAGCAUUGAAACAUCACUUGAAGAAGCUGCAAGCCGAGUGAACGAAUUAUCCACCAUAAAUAUCAAUUUGGCAGCUCACAGAACAAAACUGGAACAAGAGUUGUCCAUCAUCAGCUCAGACUACGAUGAAGUGUCCAAGGAACUUAAGAUGUCUGACGAGCGAUACCAGAAGGUACAAGUAGAAUUAACGCGAACAAUCGACAUCCUCCACGAAGAACAAGAACGAAUUGUUAAGAUCGAAAGCAUUAAGAAAUCUCUAGAAAUUGAAGUAAAAAAUAUCAGCGUUCGUCUCGAAGAGGUUGAAGCUAAUGCUCUUGUCAAUGGAAAACGAAUCAUUUCAAAGCUAGAAGCCAGGUUACGAGAUAUGGAACUCGAAUUGGACGAGGAAAAGCGACGCCACCAGGAGACCAUUAAGAUUUUGAGAAAGAAGGAGAGGAACAUUAAGGAAAUCAUGAUUUCAAUUGAAGAACAAAAUCAACAGAUCGCAUUAUUGCAAGAGGCACUAGACAAAGUUGGUCACAAGGCUAAUUUAUACAAGCGACAACUGCAGGAACAAGAAAGCAUGUCCGCAACAGCAUCGACCCGUGUUCGACGAUUCCAGAGAGAGUUGGAAGCCGCUGAAGAACGUGCCGACUGUGCCGAAAGCAAUUUGGGGAUCAUCAGGGCCAAACAUAGGUCCUUUGUCACCUCUAACGUUUCCACUCAACAACAAGUUGGCGGAGGCCAAGUCUACAUGGUGAAGACCGAGACACAGUCGUCGGAGAACUACUAGGAGGGAGAGAGAUUGACCUUCUGCCCGUUAUUAACACCAACAUAAUAUAAUUUCAUUACAAUGCAUUUAUGAAUUUAUAGCAUCCAACUCACACUUUCUCUCGCAUUUAAUCGAUACCCAUUCAAUUCGGUUCAUACAUAUAUCCAAAAAACACAUACAUAAAAUCCAAAAUCUGAAGCUGUCGAGUGAAAUUGUGUGCAUCUAUAGAUCGCGGCUGUCCAAAAGCAAAGCCAACUUCUGUCUGUUACUGUGCAAACGUCAGUUCAACAAUUAGGCGGCUUUAUUCUAAUUGUAACCACACAGAUUGUAUAAUAACCUAAUCAAUUGCAAUUGAGUGCUGAAAUGCGAUAUUAAACGAAGUAAGUAUUGAUUUGUAAACUUUUCUCCCGUGUUAUUCUUAUUCAGCAUCAUUGAGUUGAUCACCUGAAAGUGAAACCUAUCUCCAACUUCUGCAGUAUGUUUAUCUAAUAAUGUCUAAUAUGCAGGCUUUUCUCUUCCAUGUCUCAAAUAGAUUACGUCUCCAUCAUAAAAUCACUUUUUCUGAUUUUCUCCUCCUCAUCAUGAUCCAAAUAAUUCUAGUCUCGUAGCAGUUUUAGCAUACAAAACUUAUCCACUUCUUUCUUCCUUGUGCAUGUGUAUAUGUUUGACGACGAGUACUUGUACUGCAAUUUAUUAUGUAUUGCCAAAUAUUUAUCAUUCUGUA